CUUCCCAAAAAAAACUUCUCCCGGUAUCAGCACCAUGUUGAUGAAAGAGUACCGCAUAUGCAUGCCACUGACUGUGGAUGAGUACAGGAUUGGGCAGUUGUACAUGAUCAGCAAGCACAGCUGUGAGCAGAGUGGUGGGGGAGAGGGGGUGGAGGUGGUGAGGAAUGAGCCAGAUAAUCACCCCAAGUACGGAGCGGGACAGCUGACCGAGAAACGAAUCUACCUCAGCAGUAAACUGCCAUCUUGGGUAAAAGCAUUCGUCCCUCGAUUUUUCUACGUUACGGAGAAGGCCUGGAACUUCUACCCAUACACCAUCACAGAGUACUCAGUAUCAUUCCUCCCCAAGUUCAGCAUCCGUAUUGAGACAAGAUUUGAGAACAACAACGGUGAUAACGAUAACGUGUUUGGGGACAAGCCAACCCCAGCAGAGAAUGUGUGUUUCCUGGAUAUCCUGAGUGACCCCAUCCCUGAAAAGCACUACAAAGAAUCAGAGGACCUGAGUCUGUGGCAGUCAAGUAAAACUGGACGAGGACCUCUGGAGAAGGGCUGGAGGGACAGCCACAAACCUGUCAUGUGCUCCUAUAAGAGGGUGGAGUGCAGCUUUGAGGUCUACGGCUUCCAGACCAGGACAGAGGAGUUCAUACAUCGAAACAUACGAGACAUUCUCCUGGUUGGCCAUCGGCAGGCAGUGGCAUGGACAGACGAAUGGCACGGGCUCUGUUUGGAGGAGGUGAGAGAGUACGAGCGGACGAUGCAAGAGAAGACCAACAGCAAAGUCAAAUGCAGCCAGAACAGCACAGAUUCAGGGGUCGUCCCUCGUCCUGUGUUUUCUCGCUCCAUCUCUGUGACAGAUGAGCGCAGCCUUAAGAAGAUGGGAGUGACCACUGCAGCCGUACCUGACCCCUCCCAUGUGACACACAGUCCCAUUCGCCUGAACUCAACCCCCGAAUGACGCCUCUCUCUCUCUCUCUCUCACACACACACACACACACACACACACACAUACACCUUGCACAGUGCAAACACAACUCAAAUACAGUGUCAACAUUCACCAGAGUCAUGUGAUGUCAUCUCUCAAAUAUGAACACACCCAUAUGCAAACAGCAACAAGAUCCAA